AAAUCGUUGCUAAAAUAGCAUCCUCGAAACUAAAUACACCAACUGCAAAAUCGUAUGUUUCCAGAAUACAAUAGUAUCGAUUUUGCUGUUAUUAGAGGCCUAUUCAUCAAUCAAUACAUUAUCGAUUAAUAAUAUAAUGCUAUUCAGCAUUCCUUCCGCAUUUUCACCCAUCCUCGAGCUAGACCCAUGCGAGAAAUCAUCAAAUCCCAAUGAUAAAUGAAGAACCCAGAAUUAGCCUUGGAAAUGGAUGAAGGAGACCAAGAUUUAUUAUGAAACAAAUAUAAUUUGCCUCGGAAUUGACACGCUACUUUAUAUCUCUACACGAAUUGCAGACUAGUAUUAGUCUCAAAAGUGCUAUCAAGUUGCAAUCAUGGGUUAUUAUAAAUUACUUUGGGUGGUGUACGGUGUAUUUUUCAUAUUACAUGAAAUUUCUGGGCUCAAUUCCAAACUGGAUUUUGGGGAUGAUUCUAAACCUUCCUUAGUUAACUAUAACCAGAGAAGUAUUCCGUUACAGUACGAACAUGUUCACGUAGACACCAAAAAGGAGGAUAAUUUGGAUAAAGUUGGUAUUGUUUGUACAACUAAUUGUGAUACACAAAAUUCCCAUAAUGGAAGUUCAAUAGUCGAGUCUGAUGUGGUGGUACAAAUCAAGUCUACCCUAAAUGUCGUAGAUAAAUCGAAAAAACCCGAAGAGGUUCCCGAUAUAGCAGUAGUACUAGGUACUAAAGGCUCUGGAGGAAAAAACGAAUACCAUAACGUGGAACGAGGGUUGCAAUUUACUCCAGUUUCCAAAAAUUUUCAGAAAAAUAACAUCCCAUUAACGCCAAUAAAUGUGCAGACCGCUUUUCCAUCCCUGAUACCCAGCAAUGUUAACGAAAUACAAAAUAGACAAGGCAUCGAAAUUAGCAUGAGGACAUUCCCUGCAGGUCUGGUUUCUCUGCCUGACGGAUUCAAAUACAAAUCGGAAGGUUUGGAAAUCAAAGUGCCAUAUUUCGAACCCACAUACCACAAACAUUAUUUCGGAGAAAAUUCGCCACCCCAGUACGCUUAUUAUCCGGGAAGGAAAUCCAUCCAGAAUCCAGUGGCAUUCAACAAUAUUGCAAGACCUAACUACUCGUUUUCUAAUUGGAACGGAAAUUUUCCCAUACAGAAUCUAAAACACGAUGAAAAUUGUAUAUGUCAAAAUCGGAGUGGCUCUGGAUUAGUUUGGUAUCCUAGUGGUGACAGGGCGCGCACCCUCACACAGGGAAGAAGUAACAGUUUCGGAGUGAAAAUUGAUGACAAACUUGCAUCGAUAAACUGAAUUCCUUUCGACACAUUAGAUUUUAUGACCAUUGUA